AUGGCGGCAUCUCCGACGACAGCGCAGCAGCAGGCCACGCUCUCAGAGGCGUACGGCGACCAGGACGGCCCUCCCACCAGUGACUCUCAGUCGGCGGCUCAGCCUCUCGGCGAUGACCUUCGUGGCGAUCGCGAUCGCGACGCUGACAAUGGCAACAACGACUACGCUCGCUCCGAUGUUGGUGACUCCGUCAAGGCAGAAAACACUAGACUUGGAAAGCCCAACCCCAACAAGGUUUACAUCGGGGGCCUUCCUGAGAGCACUCGCACGGAGGACCUCAAAAACUGUUUUGGCAAGCUUGGCGCUAUCGUCAACAUCGAGCUGAAGAUCGGCUAUGGCUUUGUCGAGUUUGACAACCCCGAGGCCGCUAUUGAGAGCGUUAACAAGUACCAUGAAGGUUACUUCAUGGGCAAUAAAAUACGCGUUGAGAUUUCCAAGGGCGGAUCCAAAAGCCGCCACGCCAUGGAUCCCGGCUCAUGCUUCAGGUGUGGUGUACCGGGACACUGGGCAAGAGAGUGCCCUACCUACCCUGGCCCCCCACCUGGUCGCCGUGUAGAUCCUAUCGAUCGCGUUCGGGACCGUGAUCCGCGCGACCGCGAUUAUCCCCCUCCCCCUCCUCGUGAAUAUCGCCGUCCGGUGACGCCGCCCUACCCUCCUCCUAGGGAGUACCGUGACUACCCUCCUAUGCCUCCGCGUCGUGACUAUGACGAUUACGCCCGCCGCCCUCCUCCGGUCGACUACCGUGACCCACGUUACCCGCCUCCUCCUGUGGACUAUCGCUACGCGCCUCCCCCUCCUGUGGAUCCUUACCGGGGCUAUCCUCCGCCGCCUGUGGCUGAUCGUGGGGACCGAAGGAUGGGCCCGGUCGACCCUCGCUAUGCUGCGACACCGAUGGCUACCCCUCGCGCGAGAACUCCUCCUAGGUACCGUGACGACUACGAGCGUCCUCCACCUCGCGACUAUGAACCUCGUCGUGGGCGCCCUGUCACCCCUCCUGUACCAGCUGCAGGUCGCUAUGACUAUGCUGCACCUCCGCCAAGGAACGGCGGCUACAGGUUCGCUAGUCCAUCGGCUUUGGUCCCACACUCCUCUGACAACAUCAUAGACGUCGUUCUGAAAGCCCGCCCGCUGCCCGCGCUGCCCCUUACGACUCCUACGGCGGUGGCUAUGCUCAGCCUGGGUACCCUCGCCGCGACUACCCUCCUCGCGGCGUGGCCGAGAACGGCUAUAGGCGUUGAGGCCAUUAUCAAGUUUGCGGUCAUUUCGUCUAGCGCCACCAGCGGUCCGGCUCUGGCCAACAGUGGUCUAGCUCAGACUAACAGCGGUCAUGCUUUGACCGACCAUGUUCUUGCUUUGGCCAACGAAUCUGUCUCCGGUGAUCUACGAGAGAACAAUCUUCUGAAUACGCACCAUCUACGUGCUCCGAAUACGCAUCAUCUAUGUGCUCCGAGCUAUCUUCGCGCACCUUGCUAA